AUGCUGUCGGUGCCGGUACCGGUGGCGGGCGCGGGGGCGGCGCGGGGCGCGGGUUCCCUGCCCCGCCGGCGCACCAUGUGCAGCGGCGUCGGCUGCUUCUGGGCGCUGCUCUCCGCCGGCCUCCUGGCCGCCUGCGCCGCCGCUUUCCUCUCCCCGGCCUGGCUGCUGCCGCCCGGGCGAGCCGCCGCCGGUUUCGGCUUGCUCUGGCGCUGCGCCGGGCCACCCCGAGGCUGCCACGGCUCCGCCGGCCCCGGCGGCUUCGGAGACAUCCCCUCCGGUUCCUGGCAGACAAGCGCUGUGCUGUGUGCGGGUGGCUGUGCCCUGCUGGCCCUCAGCUCUCUGCUGGCCAUCGUCGCUGUCCUGCUGCCUGGUGGAGCCUGCGAGAGAAGAGUCUGCACCCUGGCUGGAUACAUGCAGACAGCAGCAGUGUUCAUAAUGGCUUCUGGGCUUUUGGUUUACCCUUUUGGUUUCAACUCUGCUACUGUGAAGAGAUUCUGUGAGAACUCAGACAUCUACUAUGCAGGAGACUGCCAGAUUGGCUGGGGGUAUAUGCUGGCAAUUGUUGGGGUCAUGUUGUCUGUCUUUUUACCAUUCUUUGCAAAAUAUGCACCAAAAGAGCACAUAUCUCCAACUCCAAUACCUACUAUUUUAUAGUAUUUUAUUACUGUUUAAGAAGAGAACAUUCCUGUCUACAGGCAAUGGGCAGAAAUUAUUAUAGCACUUCCAUUUAGCUGUAUUGCUAAAGAAAGCAAAAAGGAGAUGGGGAAGAGAAGGUCAGAUUCACAAAGACCAAAAGUGCAUUGAUAGUCUUCCGUGAAUAUGAGCAGCGAGCACUCUGGAAUUGAAGUAAGAUCAAUCAGCAGCCUUUACACUGCUCAAAACAUACAGUGGCAUAAUGCCUUAGACAAAAACAUUCUGUUUAUCCUCAAAACAUCUGUCUACCUCCCAGUUUCUUUUGUGUCUCAAAAUUGUAAGUCUUUUAAAAGCUUCAAUUCACUUUUUUGUAUAUUAUUGGAUGUCAAUCUUUUUAUGAACCCAGUAAUUUAAAAAUCAAUAAUGAUAUUUUGUUACAAUUAUUUUGAUUAGUGAGAAAAGCACCUACUAGUAGCCAUGGCCUGAAAUUAAGCUUGAUAUCUAAAACAAACUGUAGACAAGAAAAAGAAGUUUCACUUUGAUCUGUAUGCAUCAGCUGUACCUGCAUAUUGUAAGCUUUGGCACACUUUUUAACACUGAUCUAAUCUUCAAGAUUGAGAGUCAUCUUCAUGAAGCCUUGCAUGGAAUUUAGAUUACUGUUUUCAGAGAGAGAUCUAACUCUCUUAAAGACUUCAUGAUGAUUGAACAGUUAAUCAAAAGAAUAAAAAAUCCUAAGAUUCCUCUUUUGGCAUUUCUUAAAUUUUAAUCUUCUGGUGGAUUUUUACAUAAUUAUUUGAUCGUUUUAAUUGUAGAUAUUGGGGUUGUUUGUUUGGUUUUUAAAGCUGAAAAGAAAAAUCUCUGUUUACAAAAUGUAUGUGCCCAAUGGCCCUGUAUGUAGUGAUAAUACAAGCCAGAAUAAACUAGAUUCUAAUAUUUCCAUUACUUUUGAGAGGCCAUUAUUGUCAAAAAAAUGUAAAGUGCUACUGAGCACAGGUAAUGAGAAUCAGAUGCCCUGUGAGAAGUAGCCAAUGGCCAUAUUUCAUGGGUUUGUAUGUGAAAUUUGUGAAGUCUGAUUUCCACAGCAGCACUGAAUUCAUUACUAUCAAGCACUGAAAUAAGUGCACUUGAUUGCCUUAAGCAAAAGAAACAUUGGGUUCUAAUCUCACCCCACCGUUAUGUUUUUCAUUUAAAACAAAAAUCAAGUUCUAAUUCUAGUCUCGUUUUUUAUUUUCUAUUAUUUAUUUUUAAAGAAAUGAUCACAUAGAUUUUAUUUAAUUCAGAGCUGUAUUUCUUAGUUUCCUAUUUCGGCACAAAUCAAGUGAUCAAAUUUAUUAUUCUUCACUUAGCUGAGUCAAACUGAUUCCUGAUUUUUUUUUUUUUUCUAAUGGAAAGUGUACACGAAGGGACAGACAGAGCCAUGUUGAGGAUGUGUAAGAAAUGCAAACAGAACAAUCACUGUGUUAUUUUAGUAAAUGUCAGAGACUUCUACAUUGUUGUUCACGUUCCUCACCCUUCUAAACAUCAAUGGAACCUUGCAUUGUUUUCCAAAAUAAGUGUCUGAUGUUACAUUGUCACCCACUCCAAAAGCAAAUCCUGCACAUCAGCUUAGCAAGUUCCAUUACUGACCUUUGAACACACAGAUUUCAGGCUAGAAUUAAGCUCACUGAGCACACGCUGUGCGUUUUGGGUCACAGUGACUAAGGAGUUAAAUCUUCCAAAUAUUUAAUGAAAGAGGUUGAAGGAAUGUCUCUAAAAGUAAGAAGAAUAAAUUUCAGUCUGUAUAGCAAUGUACUUUUCAGUAACGUCUUACCCUUUUUGUAAUGAAUGGCUGAAAUGGAUAAGUUUCAUGUAAGAGUCAGAAAAGUGAGGAAUAACAAACGACAUGUAAAAAGAAAAUCAUCACCACAAAGUAGAAAGACAGAGAUGCAGGCUUUUCUUUCCUAACCAACCUGUGCCUUUACACUAGAACCAUUAUACAAGACAGGAUCAAUAUGGUUAAAAACAAAACAAAAAAUAAAGAAACAAAGCAAGCAACAACUGAAAAAUGUUGAGUGGUGUGUAUAAACUGUAUUUCGUAGGGUUUCUGUUCUGUGUGAUGUUUACGACUGUUCACGUAAUGUUUCACUAGAAAAAGUGAUUUGUUAGUGUCAAGUAGAAAACUUUUUUGCAAAGAUCCUAAACACUUACUGAAAGUACAAUUAUUUUAGAUCUUUAUUAACAGCCAUACCAUUCCUAGUAGAUGCAAACAACCUGUUUCUGUAGCUCCUUAUUAACAUAACGUACACCUGUGCAGAACUGGAACCAUCAAUCACUCAGCUGGACUACAGCAUUGCUGUGAUGCUGAUUACACACACAGAUGCUGGCCGGUCUGGUCCCACUGUUCAAGCUUCCUCUGUAGCUUUAACUUACUAUUAUAGUGGAGUCUUACCAUUUGCAACACCACUGAACCAAACCCUUUACUUCUUAUACCCCAAUUCCUUCUGUUGUGAGCAUCAUCAAGCUCUAGGUCCUGUAAUAUUCUGCACCUUUUAUGAGUUAAAGCUUAUUCUCUCAUUUGGAACUCUCCUUAAUGCUUUGUAAUGCAUAAAGAGAUUCAAAUAUAGGUGUAUGGCUUUUACAGCUGGACAGAUGAAACUCUCCUUGAAACAUGCAUGCUGAGAACCAGCCUAGCACAGGAGGCAGAGUUGACAAUGCAAGGGGUUCACACACCAGUUAGUAAAGCAUAUACCUACCUCGUCUGCUCUAGCUGCCCAGCUGGCACAGGAAGGGGUGUUGCUGCCAAUACAUGUGCUAACACUGACAGAUCACUUUUUUAAACACAGACUGUCUGCGCGUUGAACUGUGUAAAAGCGUUUUCCUGUUACGAGUCAAACAAUUUGCUGGACCAGGUUCAAGUUUUAUUCUAAAUAUAUAAUUUUUUAAGUGUAACUAAAAGCUGUAUUUUCCAUUAAUGUGUUUCUGCGUUGACUAGAUGGCUCCUUUUUAGAAUAUUUCCUGUUUUCUGUAUUGGACUUGUUGGAUACAAUAUUUCAAUUAUUUUAAAUGUGAAAUUUCCAAUUGCCAAUGCUGUAUAAUAAAAUUUAAACAAAAAAAACCUCCAAACCCAAAACUGACAUUGCUCACUUUU